GAUCUCCAAGGUGAAAUUGAAGCUCACACGGAUAUCUAUCACAAUCUCGAUGAAAAUGGCCAAAAAAUUUUGAGGUCCCUGGAAGGUUCAGAUGAAGCAGCCCUGUUAAAAAGACGUUUGGAUACCAUGAAUUUCAAGUGGAGUGAGCUUCGGAAAAAGUCUCUCAACAUCAGGUCCCAUUUGGAUGCCAGUUCUGACCAGUGGAAGCGUCUGCAUCUUUCUCUCCAGGAACUUCUAGUGUGGCUACAGCUGAAAGAUGAUGAAUUGAGCCGGCAGGCACCUAUCGGUGGUGAUGUCCCAGCAGUUCGGAAGCAGAAUGAUGUACACAGGGCCUUCAAGAGGGAAUUGAAAACUAAAGAACCUGUUAUCAUGAGUACUCUGGAGACCGUGAGAGUAUUUCUGACAGAGCAGCCUUUGGAAGGACUGGAGAAGCUCUACCAGGAGCCCAGAGAGCUGCCUCCUGAAGAAAGAGCCCAGAAUGUCACUCGGCUCCUACAGAAACAGGCUGAGGAGGUCAACACUGAAUGGGACAAGUUGAACCUGCACUCAGCUGAUUGGCAGAGAAAACUAGAUGAGGCACUUGAAAGGCUACAGAAACUUCAAGAAGCUGCAGAUGAACUGGACCUCAAACUGCGCCAAGCUGAGGUGAUCAAGGGAUCCUGGCAACCAGUGGGGGAUCUCCUCAUUGACUCUCUCCAAGAUCACCUUGAAAAAGUCAAGGUACUUCGGGGAGAAAUUGCACCUCUUAAAGAGAACAUCAAUCAAGUCAAUGACCUUGCUCGCCACCUUACCACAUUGGGCAUUCAGCUCUCACCUUAUAACCUCAGCACUCUGGAAGAUCUGAAUACCAGAUGGAAGCUUCUGCAGGUGGCUGUGGAGGAUCGUGUCAGGCAGCUGCAUGAAGCCCACAGGGACUUUGGCCCAGCAUCCCAGCACUUUCUUUCCACUUCGGUCCAGGGUCCCUGGGAAAGAGCCAUCUCACCAAACAAAGUGCCCUACUAUAUCAACCACGAGACACAAACAACUUGUUGGGACCAUCCCAAAAUGACAGAGCUCUACCAGUCUUUAGCUGACCUGAAUAAUGUCAGGUUCUCUGCAUAUAGAACUGCCAUGAAGCUCCGAAGACUGCAGAAGGCCCUUUGCUUGGAUCUCUUGAGCCUGUCUGCUGCAUGUGAUGCCUUGGACCAGCACAACCUCAAGCAAAAUGACCAGCCCAUGGAUAUCCUACAGAUCAUUAACUGUUUGACUACUAUUUAUGAUCGUCUGGAGCAAGAGCACAACAAUUUGGUCAAUGUCCCUCUCUGUGUGGACAUGUGUCUCAACUGGCUUCUCAAUGUUUAUGAUACGGGACGAACAGGGAGGAUCCGUGUCCUGUCUUUUAAAACUGGCAUCAUUUCUCUGUGUAAAGCACACUUGGAAGACAAAUACAGAUACCUUUUCAAGCAAGUGGCAAGUUCAACUGGCUUUUGUGACCAGCGUAGACUGGGUCUUCUUCUUCAUGAUUCUAUUCAAAUCCCAAGGCAGUUGGGUGAAGUUGCCUCCUUUGGGGGCAGUAACAUUGAGCCAAGCGUCAGGAGCUGCUUCCAAUUUGCCAAUAAUAAACCUGAGAUUGAAGCAGCUCUCUUCCUUGACUGGAUGCGCCUGGAACCCCAGUCUAUGGUGUGGCUGCCUGUUUUGCACAGAGUGGCUGCUGCAGAAACUGCCAAGCACCAGGCUAAGUGUAACAUCUGCAAGGAGUGUCCAAUCAUUGGAUUCAGGUACAGAAGUCUAAAGCACUUUAAUUAUGACAUCUGCCAAAGCUGCUUUUUUUCUGGUCGAGUUGCAAAGGGCCAUAAAAUGCACUACCCCAUGGUAGAAUAUUGUACUCCGACUACAUCUGGAGAAGAUGUCCGUGACUUCGCCAAGGUACUAAAAAACAAAUUUCGAACCAAAAGGUAUUUUGCGAAGCAUCCCCGAAUGGGCUACCUGCCAGUGCAGACUGUGUUAGAGGGGGACAACAUGGAAACUCCCGUUACUCUGAUCAACUUCUGGCCAGUAGAUUCUGUGCCUGCCUCGUCCCCCCAGCUUUCACACGAUGAUACUCAUUCACGCAUUGAACAUUAUGCUAGCAGGCUAGCAGAAAUGGAAAACAGCAAUGGAUCUUAUCUAAAUGAUAGCAUCUCUCCUAAUGAGAGCAUAGAUGAUGAACAUUUGUUAAUCCAGCAUUACUGCCAAAGUUUGAACCAGGACUCCCCCCUGAGCCAGCCUCGUAGUCCUGCCCAGAUCUUGAUUUCCUUAGAGAGUGAGGAAAGAGGGGAGCUAGAGAGAAUCCUAGCAGAUCUUGAGGAAGAAAACAGGAAUUUGCAAGCAGAAUAUGAUCGUCUGAAGCAGCAGCAUGAGCAUAAAGGCCUGUCCCCACUGCCGUCUCCUCCUGAGAUGAUGCCCACAUCUCCCCAGAGUCCCAGGGAUGCUGAGCUUAUUGCUGAGGCCAAGCUACUGCGUCAACACAAAGGACGCCUGGAAGCCAGGAUGCAAAUCCUGGAAGACCACAACAAGCAGCUGGAGUCUCAGUUACAUAGACUGAGGCAGCUCCUGGAGCAACCCCAGGCUGAGGCCAAGGUGAAUGGCACCACAGUGUCCUCUCCUUCUACCUCUCUGCAGAGGUCAGAUAGCAGUCAGCCUAUGUUGCUCCGUGUGGUUGGCAGUCAAACUUCAGAAUCUAUGGGUGAGGAAGAUCUGAGUCCUCCCCAGGAUACAAGCACAGGAUUAGAAGAAGUGAUGGAGCAACUCAACAACUCCUUCCCUAGUUCAAGAGGAAGAAAUGCCCCUGGAAAGCCAAUGAGAGAGGACACAAUGUAGGAAGCCUUUUCCACAUGGCAGAUGAUUUGGGCAGAGCGAUGGAGUCCUUAGUUGCAGUCAUGACAGAUGAAGAAGGAGCAGAUUAAAUGUUUUACAACUCCUGA